UCGCUCUCUCUUUGACAGUGAACACCCUUCAUACACCGCUAACACACAACAUAUAUUGCGCAACAGAGAGCAGUCUAUCCUCCGCCCCCCCCAGCACACGUUUCUCUGAGCCGAGCCGAUCCGAGCCGAGCAGCUAUCCUCACUGAGAACAGACCGGAGACACACCGGAAAGCAGCUAUGUUUUCCUGCAGAGCAGCCUGGCAGAGGUGUGGGCCUCUGGCUCGGAAAGCAGCCUACAGGUUACCCCGGGAUGUUGUGCAGCGGCGUCAGAUGUCCUCCGUUCCUGGGGGCUCCGGAGAGAACAUAGUGUACACCCUGCUGUGCGGAGGAGCCCUCGUUGCUUCGGUGUCCUACGCAUACAGUACCGUGGCCUCAGACAGCAGCCGGUUCAAUGACCGCAUUGCAGAAAUCAAUGCCAGACCCAAGACCGAGUGGGUCCCUAAACCUUGGCCGCCAAAGGGGGGAGAAGAAGAAGAGGCUGAAGAGGAGGCAGCAGCCGAGGAGGAAGAGGAGGCAGCAGCCGAGGAGGAAGCCGCUGAAGAGGCUGAUGUCGGCGCAGAGGAAGCUGCUGAUGGGGAGGUGGAGACCGUAGUAGAGGCAGUCGCUGAGGUCGUUGCCGAGGCGGCAGAGGUCGUUGCCGAGGUCGCGGAGGAAGUGGCCGAGGCUGCGCAUGAAGUGGAGACGGUCGCAGAAGAAGUGGCUCACGCAGCUGAAGCUGUGGAGGAGGCUGCCGAGGCUAUCACAGCACCAGCCGCCGCCGAGGAGUCCGACAGCAACGUGCUGCUGGCCGCUGCCUCUGCUCUAGAGGUUCCAGAGAUAACUGAAGACAAGGAAGAGUUGGCAACUGCUGGUGAAGACAUCAGGAAAGCCCCUCCACCAGUAGAGGUUGCGCUGGUAGAAGAAGCCCCUGCACCAGUAGAGGUUGCACCGGUGGAGGUUGCCCCGGUAGAAGAAGCCCCUGCACCAGUGGAGGUUGCGCCGGUAGAAGAAGCCCCUGCACCAGUAGAGGUUGCACCGGUGGAGGUUGCCCCGGUAGAAGAAGCCCCUGCACCAGUGGAGGUUGCACCAGUAGAAGAAGCCCCUGCACCAGUGGAGGUUGCACCAGUAGAAGAAGCCCCUGCACCAGUGGAGGUUGCACCAGUAGAAGAAGCCCCUGCACCAGUGGAGGUUGCACCAGUAGAAGAAGCCCCUGCACCAGUGGAGGUUGCACCAGUAGAAGAAACCCCUGCACCAGUGGAGGUUGCACCAGUAGAAGAAACUCCUGCACCAGUGGAGGUUGCACCAGUAGAAGAAACCCCUGCACCAGUGGAGGUUGCACCAGUAGAAGAAACCCCUGCACCAGUGGAGGUUGCACCAGUAGAAGAAACCCCUGCACCAGUGGAGGUUGCACCAGUAGAAGAAACCCCUGCACCAGUGGAGGUUGCCCCAGUAGAAGAAGCCCCUGCACCAGUGGAGGUUGCCUCAGUAGAAGAAGUCCCUGCACCAGUAGAAGAAGCCCCUGCACCAGUGGAGGUUGCCUCAGUAGAAGAAGCCCCUGCACCAGUGGAGGUUGCCUCAGUAGAAGAAGUCCCUGCACCAGUAGAAGAAGCCCCUGCACCAGUGGAGGUUGCCCCAGUAGAAGAAGCCCCUGCAGAGACCUCGGCAGAAGUUCCCCAGAGAGAGUACAUUGUUGUGGUUCUUGAAGGAACACCUAAAGCUGAGAAGCGGCCCAAGGUGCUGGGCGUAAGCUCCAUGACUGGUAGACUCAUCCCAGCUCCAGAGCCGGACGAUGCCCCUGCUGAGGGUAGGCGACGUCUUCUUAGGAUGCAAAUGCAGUAGUUCCAAAUAAGUAAACGGCUCCUGAAUGACGACCUAAUAUCCUUCAGAACAAGAGGAUGUGCCUUUCUCCAACAUCUCCCCCUCCUCCCUUUACCCCAUACAACUCAAAGGGACUUGUAGUAGUACAUAUGUAGUUCCAGUGUUAAAGUACACAUACUGUACAGAACCAUGCAUACGUUAUGGAUCCAUUCACCAAUAUGUUAGCAGCUCCCUUUACUGUGACACUCCACACCACCCUGCAUGUCCUGACAGUACAGUCCUGGAUGAGCAGAUCUCAGGUGUUUCCUUCACCAGCCUCACUAACACUUCUUAUAACUUCAGUGAAUUGCAACCUGUUAUCUGGUGUGUUUAAAAACUGAGCCAUCCAGUCACCAUUUCUUCUUACUGUUACAGAGUUUACAGAGAUCACACAGUGAAAUACCUCCAUCCAGCACCACAUCCUGUUAACCCAGGCUCUGCCUAGCCCUGUGCAAUGUGGAAUUAGUGUUAUAAUUUAAAGAAGCAAGGUGCAUUUUUAUUCACCAGAAUUCUCUACAAUACCCGACCUCAGGUUUGUCUUCUACUUCUCUUUGUGUGAAAGGAAAAGAUUUGGAGAAACAGCCACCUUGCUACCUCACUCUUCCUUGUGUUUUCAGUCUUUAAGCGACUGUACCGCUUCUGUAUUACAGCUCCAGAGCAACUGAUUUCAUGGAGCACCCACACCUCUCCUGUAAGGCUAAAUAAAGCAGGCAUGGUUUAUUUUCCUUGUUUAAAUGGUAAUUUAACACGAUAACAUAAAGAAAAAUCUUCCUCUGCACUCAUUUGGUAAAACCCUAAAGCACGUCCCCAGUCAGUGAUGUCACUGCAGAUAUGUCCCCUGGAAGCUGUUGGAAAACCCCAGACACUGACCCAUAGAGAGCAGCUGGUGGUUUCUUUUCCUUCUUUUCUUUUAUUUUUCCAGUGUUUGGAUACCUUUUUUGUUUCUCUUUAAUUAUGUAGACAAUCUAAUGAUUAGAUGUGAAUGUAUAAAAUAUCAGUGACAUUUUCCUGAUUGGAAAAUAAUAAUGCUAGAGUCCUUCUACCUUUUCUAUCCACACACAGCCCUGAGCCAUUGAUGUAGAUUCAAUGAGGAUGCUGGUUUGUUCCUAGAGAGCUGCUUCAGUGGGGAGGGUCGGUGGGUUGGAUGGAGGAUGUACGAUGGAUGUAUGUGUGCUUUAAAGGCUUGCAGCAUGUGCGCUCGGUACUGGUAUUGAUAUGCUUGUGUGACGUGAGGUGUGUAUGGGAAGUGUUGCAGUCUGUCUGAAGUAAAGUCUCCUGUGUGAAGUGCAAACCGUCCUCUCUUCUUUGAGUCCCUCUUUCAGAUCUCUCCCCUCUGCUCUAGAAUUUCUGGCUUUGUUUCUCAGUAAUGUAUUUUAAAAAUGAAAUUCUGUCUGUUGAUGCUCUCAGGCAGGUUUCUGUUAUGGGAUGUGAGCUGAUGUCUUUGACUACGCAAAGGACAGAAACUGACUGGUUCACACAUACAUGUAUUUGCAAAAUAAAGACGGAUUAAACCUG